AUGGCACUCGUCACAAGAGGUUCCCUCACCGCCACCACCACCACCGCCGCCUUCACCGCCGCCACCACCACCGCCGCCGUCGUCCUCCAAAUCGUCGCGGUCCGCGCUCAGCGCUCAGCUCAGCUUAUCCUAUCCUUCGCUGCCGUUAGCGGAGUUGGAGUUGGUCCUCGAGCUCUUCCAGCUCCUUCUCCUCCUGCUCCUGCUGCUCCUCCUCCUCCUCCUCCUUCUUCUUCUUUUGCAUCGGCAGGAGAACAUAGUAUUGUAGACAGGGAAGCGCUGUAA